AUGUUUACAUGGAGAGCUUGUAGUGAAGCACUACCUACCCUUUCUAAUUUGCAGAAGAGGAAAGUAGUGGAAGAUGGCCAUUGCCCUGUAUGCAAGACUAAUAUAGAAACCUUAGGCCAUGUGUUAUGGGGUUGUUGUGCAACUAGAGACAUUUGGGGUCAAGGUUGCAAAAAAAUACAGAAGAUGUUAGUCCACAGUAUGAACUUUUUGGGUAUAUGGGAUCAACUUGUCAAAAAUUUACAACAAGAUGAACUUGAAGAGGCAGCCAUGGUUGCAAGGCAUAUCUGGACCAGAAGAAAUGAGUUUGUACAUGGGAAAGAAUUUAGACAUCCCAAUUCAGUCCUCAGAAGAGCUCGAGAGGAUCUGCAAUUGUUUAGAAGGACAAAACAGACUCAACUCACAAACUCAGAAAGUCACACUGUGAGUAUUAAUACUUGGAAGAAGCCUCUUGAUGGGAACUAUAAGCUUAAUUGGGAAGAAGCUAUUGAUGAUGCACGUGGAAAAAUUAGUGUUGGAGCCAUCCUAAGGACUACAAGGGAUUGGUUAUUGGGACUCUCAGAGCUCGGAAAUUGUUGA